ACAGUUUCUCUGGAAGAAGAUGCAGGUGCCCACCAACCUGACACUCAGGAAUCUGCAGGCUCUGGGCACCCUGGCAGGGGGCAUGUCGUGUGAGUUUCUGCAGCAGAUCAACUCGAUGGCAGACUUCCUCGAAGUAGUGCAUAUGAUCUAUCAGCUGCCCACCGGGAUUCGAGGGAGCCUGAGAGCCUGUAUCUGGGCAGAGCUACAGCGGAGGAUGACCAUGCCUGAGCCAGAGUUGACAACCCUGGGGCCAGAACUGAGUGGGCUAGACACCAAGCUACUCCUGGAUUUACCGGUCCAGUUGAUGGAUAGACUGUCCAAUGACUCUAUCAUGUUGGUGGUGGAGCUGGUACGAGGAGCUCCAGAGCAACUGCAGACACUGACCCCCCUCCACCGGGCAGCCCUGGCAGAGAGGGCACUACAAAACUUGGCUCCAAAGGAGACAACAGUCUCAAGGGAAGUGCUGGAGACAUUGGGCCCCUUGGUUGGAUUCCUGGGGAUAGAGAGUACACGACGGAUCCCCCUACCGAUCCUGCUGGCCCAUCUCAAUCAGCUGCAGGGCUUCUGCCUAGGAGAGCCAUUUGCCACAGAGCUGGGAUGGCUCCUGUUGCAGGAGCCUGUUCUUGGGAAGCCGGAGUUGUGGAGCCAGGGUGAAGUAGAGCAAGCUGGACGCCUAGUACUCACUCUGUCUACUGAAGCUAUUUCCUUGAUCCCCAGGGAAGCCUUGGGCCCAGAGACCCUGGAGCGGCUCCUAGAGAAACAACAGAGCUGGGAGCAGAGCAGAGUUGGACAGCUAUGUGGGAGGCCACAGCUUGCUCCCAAGAAAGCAGCCUUGGUAGCUGGGAUUGUACGGCCUACUGCAGAAGAUCUCCCAGAACCUGUGCCAAAUUGUGCAGAUGUACGGGGGACAUUCCCAGCAGCCUGGUCAGCAACUCAGAUUGCAGAGAUGGAGCUCGCAGACUUUGAGGACUGCCUGGCAUUAUUUGCAGGAGACCCAGGACUUGGGCCUGAAGAACUACGGGCAGCAAUGGGCAAGGCAAAACAGUUGUGGGGUCCUCCCCGGGGAUUCCGACCUGAGCAGAUCCUGCAGCUGGGUCGGCUCUUAAUAGGUCUAGGAGAGCGGGAACUACAGGAGCUGAUCCUAGUGGACUGGGGAGUGCUGAGCACCCUGGGGCAGAUAGAUGGCUGGAGCUCUGUCCAGCUCCGGGUUGUGGUCUCCAGUUUCUUGCGGCAGAGUGGCCGGCAUGUGAGCCACCUGGACUUCCUUCACCUGACUGCACUGGGUUAUACGCUCUGUGGACUUCGGCCGGAGGAGCUACAACAUAUCAGCAGCUGGGAAUUCAGCCAAGCAGCUCUCUUCCUGGGCAAUCUGCAUCUCCGGUGUUCUGAGGAGCAACUGGAAGUUCUAGCCCAGCUCCUUGUGCGGCCUGGCGGUUUUGGCCCCAUCAGUAACUGGGGGCCGGAGAUCUUCACCGAAAUUGGCACAAUAGCAGCGGGGAUCCCAGACCUGGCCCUUUCAGCACUGCUGCAGGAACAGAUCCAGGGCCUUACCCCUCUUGCUAUUUCUGUCAUCCCUGCUCCUAAAUUUGCUGUGGUGUUCAGCCCCUCCCAGCUAUCUAGUCUCACAAGUGUUCAGGCUGUGGCUGUCACUCCUGAACAAAUGGCCUUUCUGAGUCCUGAGCAGCGACGAGCUGUGGUAUGGGCCCAGCACGAGGGGAAGGAGAGCCCAGAACAGCAGGGUCGAAGCACAGCCUGGGGCCUUCAGGACUGGUCACAACCCUCCUGGGCCAUGGCAUUGACCAUCUGCUUCCUUGGCAACCUGCUGCAAACCUGUCUCCACAGUUAAAGAGAGAGCUGUUGGGAAAGAAACUUUAAUAAAAUGCAAAUGGAAAUGCAUUCUAAUUAUCCUCAGGAAGCUGAUGAGGAAUA